AUGCAAAUUUUUGUUAAAACUCUCACUGGAAAAACCAUCACAUUAGAAGUUGAAGGUUCUGAUAACAUUGAAAAUGUAAAAGCUAAAAUCCAAGAUAAAGAAGGUAUCCCACCAGACCAACAAAGAUUAAUUUUUGCAGGUAAACAAUUAGAAGAUGGUCGUACUUUAUCAGAUUAUAAUAUUCAAAAGGAAUCAACUCUUCAUUUAGUAUUAAGAUUGAGAGGUGGUAUGCAAAUUUUCGUUAAAACUCUCACUGGUAAAACCAUCACAUUAGAAGUUGAAGGUUCUGAUAACAUCGAGAAUGUUAAAGCUAAAAUCCAAGAUAAAGAAGGUAUCCCACCAGACCAACAACGUCUUAUUUUCGCAGGUAAACAAUUAGAAGAUGGUCGUACUCUCUCAGACUACAACAUUCAAAAGGAAUCAACUCUUCAUUUAGUAUUAAGAUUAAGAGGUGGUAUGCAAAUUUUCGUUAAAACUCUUACUGGUAAAACCAUCACAUUAGAAGUUGAAGGCUCAGAUAAUAUCGAGAACGUUAAAGCUAAAAUUCAAGAUAAAGAAGGUAUUCCACCAGACCAACAAAGAUUAAUCUUUGCAGGUAAACAAUUAGAAGAUGGUCGUACUUUAUCAGACUACAACAUUCAAAAGGAAUCUACUCUUCAUUUAGUAUUAAGAUUAAGAGGAGGUAUGCAAAUUUUCGUUAAAACUCUUACUGGUAAAACAAUCACUUUGGAAGUUGAAGGUUCAGAUAAUAUCGAGAAUGUUAAAGCUAAAAUCCAAGAUAAAGAAGGUAUCCCACCAGAUCAACAAAGAUUAAUCUUUGCAGGUAAACAAUUAGAAGAUGGUCGUACUUUAUCAGAUUAUAAUAUUCAAAAGGAAUCAACUCUUCAUUUAGUAUUAAGAUUGAGAGGUGGUAUGCAAAUUUUCGUUAAAACUCUCACUGGUAAAACCAUCACAUUAGAAGUUGAAUGUUCUGAUAAUAUUGAAAAUGUUAAAGCUAAAAUCCAAGAUAAAGAGGGUAUCCCACCAGAUCAACAAAGAUUAAUUUUCGCAGGUAAACAAUUAGAAGAUGGCCGUACUCUUUCAGAUUAUAAUAUUCAAAAGGAAUCUACUCUUCAUUUAGUAUUAAGAUUAAGAGGUGGAAAUUAA